GAAGCCAUUCCUUGGAAAUCUCAGGAGUUUACAGACCCACAGGGGACAGAAUCUGAGGUUCCGGGUUCAGCAGUUCUCGACAUCGCAGCUAAUGGGAGGCGAAAAAAAGUUUUCUGUGCUCUUUUGGGACGGUUCGUUCUCUAGUGCUGCCGGGGCCCACCAGCGGGUUGGAGAAAAGAGAGACGACCGGAAAAUCAUCAUUUGAGAGUCACAGGAAAAAAGAAAACACGGAGGUUAAUUCUAGAAGGCUUCUGGUCCCUGCCUGUCCUGGGUGACUAUGUCCUUGGUACUUAUGGAGCCAGCUGCUUCCCUGCACUUCUCCCUACCAGCCUCUCUUCUCCUCCUGCUCCUCAGACUCCUUGCACCUGUCUCAGCCCAGUUUACUGUCCAGGGGCCAGCUGAUCCAAUCCUGGCCAUGGUGGGAGAAAACACCACUUUACACUGCCACCUGUCACCCGAGAAAAAUGCUGAGGACAUGGAGGUGCGGUGGUUCCGGUCUCAGUUCUCUCCAGCAGUGCUGGUGUACAAGGGUGGGCGAGAGAGAACAGAGGAGCAGAUGGAGGAGUACCGAGGAAGAACCACCCUUGUGAGCAAAGACAUCAGCAGAGGCAAGGUGGCACUGGUCAUACACAAUGUCACAGCCCAGGAGAAUGGGAUCUACCGCUGUUACUUCCAAGAAGGCAGGUCCUACGAUGAGGCCAUGAUUCACCUCAAGGUGGCAGGCCUGGGCUCUGAGCCCCUUGUUGAAAUGCAGGGGCACGAGGAUGGGGGCAUCCGGCUGGAGUGCACAUCUGGAGGGUGGUACCCAGAGCCCCUCGCGGUGUGGAGGGACCCCUAUGGUAAGGUCGUACCCGCCCUGGAGGAGGCUUACACUGCUGACGCAGACGGCCUCUUCAUGGUGACCACGGCUGUGAUCAUCAGAGACAGCUCCGUGAGGAACAUGUUCUGCUCUGUCAACAGCACCGUGCUCGGCCAGGAGAAGGAAACUGUGAUUUUCAUUCCAGAAUAUUUUACUCCCAGCACAUAUCCCCUGGUUGUGAUCCUGGCUCCCAUCCUGGCUAUUCUCAUCAUCCUCAUGGCUGUGAGCAUCUGUUGCAGCAAGAAACUCCACAGGGAAAAAAAGAUUUUGUCAGAGGAAAAGGAUGUUGAACAGGAAGAGAAAGAAAUUGCACGUAAGAAACUGGGGAAAGAACAUGUGAAAAAAGAGAAAAAAUGUCAAAUAAAAGAGCAACUUCAAGAAGAAUUGCGAUGGAGAAGAACACUCUUACAUGCCGCUGACGUGGUCCUGGACCCAGACACUGCUCAUCCUGAGCUCUUCCUGUCUGAGGACCGGAGAAGCGUGAGACGGGGCCCUUCCCGGCAGAGUGUGCCUGACAACCCUAAGAGAUUCAACUGUCAGCCUUGUGUCCUGGGCCGGGAAUACUUCACCUCAGGAAAACAUUACUGGGAGGUGGAAGUUGAAAACCUGAUGGCAUGGACAUUGGGGGUUUGUAAAGACAGUGUUGAGAGGAAAGGGGAGGCCCUGCUGCUUCCUCAGAAUGGCUUCUGGACCCUGGAGAUGUUUGAAAACAAAUACCGGGCCCUGUCCUCCCCAGAGAGGAUUCUCCCUCUGAGAGAGCGCCUUGGCCGGGUGGGCAUCUUUCUGGACUACGAAGCUGGAGAUGUCUCCUUCUACAACAUGAGGGACAGAUCGCACAUCUACACAUGUCCCCGUUCACCCUUUACUGGCCCCCUAAGACCGUUCUUCAGGCUGGGGUCUGACGACAGCCCCCUCUUCAUCUGCCCAGCACUCACAGGAGCCAAUGGCAUCACAGUGCCUGAGGAAGGCCUGAUUCUUCACAGGGCACGGACCCUACAGCGCCCACGGGACCAAUUCCCUGGUCUCACAGCCAUGUAGAGAAGCGCUGGCCAUCUUCCUUGCUGAGUCCAGGCCCUCUGUCCCUCUGGUCACAUAACAGAACAUCUUCUAGCUCCCUCUUUCAUACCCAUUUCUGGCCUGAGCCCCAGCUCUCCCCCUCACCAGGCAGUGGCUUUGGUAGCUCCUCUGCUUGUACCUAUGGGGAGAAUCUAGUCUUAGGCAGCUACUUCUAUUACACAGCUCCCAGCCAAGACGAAAGUGUGACAAGGUGAUGGACAGCAAACCUGCUGCUUUACCAUCAGGUGACAACGUUGAUCCUGAUGCUCCACUUGGUACCAGACGUUGUGGACAUGGGGCGAGGGCACCAGGAUGCACUAGGAUGUAGGAGGAGGAAGGGAACCACACACCUCCUGAGGGGAGAGGAACCCACAUGUAGAGAUCAAAGACAGAGGAAGUGGGACCAGAGCUGGGAAGAGACCAAUGUUGUGAGCAUGGUUAAGCCCCACCAUGACAGCUAAGGGGGUCCUAGGAGAUGAUGGCCCAUUUCUACCCAACUCCCAAGAUUUCUAGACCACAUACAUACAGGCAUAAACCUGAGAUGAAA